CAAGGCGACUUUUGUGCGCAGAUUUGGAUCAUUGAUACCAUCGAUAAGUGAUAGAUUUGUUUAAAUUCAUUUCCACUUUUGGCAGAGAAGGCUGUCUGAAACUUAGAAGAGCCGAAGUUAAGCGAUAUGAGACUUUUUAAUCGACUUGGAAGACUUAUUUAAGUUUGACUAAAGUUUGAAAAGGAGCUUAUUGCCAUGAAGUGAGACAUCAGUGUCUGCAGAGGGAGGGGUAGCUUUAUGGAUAUCUAACCAUAACAAUUUCUGGUGGUUGACAAUGAAACCUCUGCUGUUUUACCUUCUUACGACUGUGGAACAAUGCUGAGUGACAGAUAUAUAAAUCACUCAUAGCUAUGUAUUUAAAUAGCACUUCACUUUAUUAGUAAAUUACAUGGAAACAGCUGGUAAGGCCCAGGCUGAGCUCCUUCGGCAAUGCCACAGUCCCCUCUCUGAUGAGACGAUGAGAACCCACACCCGCGGGGCCCCCACAGUCUUCUUCAUAAGUCUGCUGUGGCCCCUGCUCGCCCCGGCCGCAGCGGAAGUGGACCCUGGCGGAGGAAUUCCCUUCAUGGGAGGCAACUACAAUGGUCAUCCCAUGCUGUACUUCAGUCAGGGGGAUGUGGAGGAGCUCCAGUUCGCCGCUGCAGGGAGUCAUCGGGAGAUGGCGAGGCGAAUCCGCCUGGCCGGGGAGACCAUGCUGGAGCACCCGGAGGAGUACCUGCCCCCCUGGAGCCCCGCAGAGUUCAGCGCCCGCUGGAACGAGGUGUACGGAAACAACCUGGGUGUGCUGUCCAUGUUCUGCCUGCUGUACCCACACAGAGCCGGGGCGCUGGACCUGGCCAAGGACUACAUGGAGAGGAUGGCGGCUCAGCCUAGUUGGUUGGUGAAAGACGCCCCCUGGGAUGAAGUUCCUUUGGCGCACUCUUUGGUUGGGUUUGCCACCGCUUACGACUUCCUGUACGAGUACUUGAAUAAGGGCCAACAGGAGCGUUUCCUCCAGGUGAUCGGCAACGCCUCGCGCCUCAUGUACGAGAAGUCCUACGUCAGAGGCUGGGGGUUCCAGUACCUACACAACCACCAGCCCACCAACUGUGUGGCUCUGCUCACAGGAAGUCUGGUUUACAUGACCCAAGGUUACCUUCAAGAGGCCUACCUGUGGACCAAGCAGGUGCUGUCCAUCAUGGAGAAGUCCAUGAUCCUUCUUCAGGACGUGACGGAUGGCUCCCUAUAUGAAGGAGUGGCCUACGGGACUUACACCACCCGUUCUCUGUUCCAGUACAUGUUCCUGGUGCAGCGCCACUUUUCCAUCAGCCACUUCGACCACCCCUGGCUCCUGAAACACUUUGCCUUCCUGUACAGGACUAUCCUUCCUGGAUUCCAGCGGACUGUAGCCAUUGCAGAUUCCAACUACAACUGGUUUUACGGGCCGGAGAGCCAGCUGGUCUUCUUGGACCGCUACGUGUUGCGUAAUGGCAGUGGAAACUGGCUGGCAGAUCUGAUUCAUCAGAACAGGGUGACAGACGGUCCAGGACAGGCUGGCAAAGGGCAGCGAUGGUGUACUCUCCACACAGAGUUCAUCUGGUAUGACCCGGGCCUGAACCCCAAGCCUCCAUCAGAUUUUGGAACAUCCCAGCUGCACCACUUUGAGGACUGGGGUGUAGUGACCUAUGGCAGCGCUUUACCUGCAGACACCAACCGCUCCUUUCUCUCUUUCAAGUCGGGGAAGCUGGGGGGACGCGCCAUUUUUGACAUUGUUCACAAGAAUAAGUACAAAGAGUGGAUCAAGGGGUGGAGGAACUUCAAUGCUGGCCAUGAGCACCCUGACCAGAACACUUUCACCUUUGCGCCCAAUGGUGUCCCAUUCAUCACAGAGGCACUAUAUGGACCCAAGUACACUUUGCUGAACAAUGCGGUGUUGUUCAGCUCGGUCCUCUCAGGGAGUUGCUUUAAGCCGUGGGCUGGCCAGGUGACGGAGGCCUGUGACUCCAAGUGGUUGAAGUACAAGGUGGGGCUGGCGGCUGAUGCCCAGGGCAGAGUAGAAGCUGCCAUGGAGAGACAGGGAAUGGUCUUCAUCCGUGGGGAGGGACAUUCCGCUUAUAAUCCAGAGCUAAAGAUCCGAAACUUUCAGAGGAACCUGCUGCUCCUUCACCCACAGCUCCUGCUUCUGGUGGACCACAUCCACCUGGAUCCAGACAGCCCAACCAGGGCCAUGAGUGCCUUCUUUCACAACACAGAGCUGCCAUUCCAGGACACAAAAGUAGAUGGUGUUCAUGGAGCGUUUGUAUCACAUGGUGAGGACAAGUAUAAGAUGUUCUGGAUGGAUGACACAGGCUACAGCAGCAGAGGGAUGUUAGGUUACUGGAAUUACCCUCGAGGGUACCCGUAUAAUGGCUCCAAUUAUGUAAACGUCACAAUGCCACUAAGGUACCCUCACACCCGGGUGGCCUACAUUUUCUUUGGACCAGGUGUGGAUGUGCAGAGCUUCAGCCUGCGUGGCGAUGACCAGCGGGUGGAUAUUUACCUAGCCACCAAGGACCACACCUACACUAUCUACCUACUCACCGGAGAGGUCACCAGCAAGCCUCUGUUUGCCAUGGUGCUGCUGGAUCACAAGAAGAUCGUAUUCGAGAAGGCGGCAGCUGUGAUGGAGAGCUCGCUGGAGGAAGUAGAGGAAUACGUCAACGUGAUGGAGGACAACCUCCAGCAUGUCAAGCCUGUCUUCCAGCAGAUGGAGAGACACAUCCUGGGACGGGUUCUCAACACCGCCAGCUUCCGUAAGACUGCAGAGCGCCUCCUCCAAUUCUCUGACAAAAAGAAUACAGAGGAGGUCAUCGAGAAGAUGUUCGCCAUGUCCAAGAAACAGGGCAAGGGUAAGGCGGGGAAGAAAGUGAACCUCGGGGAGAAGCUUUCUGAGAGUCUACCUGACAUUUUUGCACAGAUUGAGGUGAGUGAAAAGAAGGAGAGACAGAGGACUUCAAAGCGUGUAUAUGAGGACAGUCCAGAGGAGGGAGAUGCAGACUCGCGGGCCUUUAUGGAUUAUGCAGACGGCCGCAAAAACAGAAAGGGGGGCUUUGUGAAGGGCCGCAAAUUCAAGGAGGUUCACAUGGUGGCCACGGCAGGGAGCGAGGGUCUGUCCAGCACAGCCUCUUACAUAAGGCUGUUCCUUCUCCUCAACACUGCCACCUUCUUUUUGCUACUGGCUGUGUUACUGACUCGCUUCCAGAGGGGUCGAAGCUUACACACCCAGAGAUGUUUCUACACCAUCCUCCUGAUUGACUGCUUCAUCUUACUGUACCUCUACUCUUCCUGCUCUCACACACAGUGUUAACAUCAUGGAUGUGUGAGGGGUCGUCCAACUACAGAUCGACUGACCUGUUGUUCAUGGUGAACAAAAUGCACCCCACACCUCAGUCUGAGCCAGAUCUUCCUCUGACAGAGUAAUUAGGGCCACUGUUGAGGAACAGAAAUAGAUGUUUUGGGGAAUAAAGUUGUAAUAUUUUGAGAAUAAUGUCAUAAUUGUACAAGAAAAAGUUGUAAUAAUCUGAGUUUUUUAAUAGUCAUAUGUAGUCUGUCAGAUUUUUACUGUAACAGUUACAAAAAUCCUGUAACAUGAUGUUGCUAGAGAUAGCAGGUGAUAAGCUUAAGGACUUUUUCUUGUAAUAUUUCAACAGUUUUUCUUGAAACUUCAACUUUAUUUGCAUAACAUUGUUACUUUUUCUGCCAAAUAAUGUGACUUUAUUCUCAAAAUCUUAGAUUUCAAUAGAUCUCAUUCCAACAGUGGCCCUAAUACUUCUAAGAUCUACCUUAUGGGUGUUCACAAAAAAAAACUGAUUCCAAAUAGGAAUUGCUGAGAUGAAACCAGACCACCUCUGAUCUAAUAAGCUUCUGUGGAGCUUUAGAACUGAGUCUGUGUGAAGUUUGUCCUUUGUAGCAUUCAGAGGUCCUGCCUUGUAUCAAAGAUCUCAAGGUUAGCCACUAUAAUUCAGUCACCACAUCUGUACUUGAGAUUUGUCUUGUCUACAUAGUUCAUAGAAAUACAUUUAAAUGUAUAUAUGUGAAAGCAAGAUAUAUUUUUAUGGUCUCUUUUUUUUACCAUUUGUAAAUAAAAUUACUACAUGCAUAGGUGUGCAGUCGUGUGUUGUCUCUAGUGAUUGUGUGAACUAAAAAAAUGUUGGUAAAAUAUAUGUAUUAUGCAGUGGCCAAGAGAGCGCCACACACCCCUACAACACAAGCAAAACACAAGCAAAUGAAGAAGAGAUCUUCAUCACUUUGAUAACACAUACAUCACAUUCAGAGAAAAAACUCUGAAACUAUACAGUAUAAAACUAGCAAAUUAUGCACAUUUAUAAAACACAAGCUAAUUUUUCAUGUUUCCCAAUUUAACAGCAAAUAUUUAGCUUAAAGAAAUACACAGAAAAUACACACAGACACACAGCAAGUCGUACAGAACAGAACAAAACUGUGGUGAGUUCUUUAUUUGCUUGUGUUGUCUGUAUUUGCAGUGUGUAGUCAUAUUGUGUUCCUCAAAACUCACUUGUGUUUUACAUAAAUGCAGCAUUUUUUUCUACUCGCCACUUAUGUGUUGUCAAAGUAGUGCAGAGAUGUUUUCUUUAUUUGCAAGUUUUUUUUUCCUGAGAGAUAAGGCUGAUAUUUUCUAUUUUUUUAUUUUCUUAUUGUCAAAAGAUCCCAUGAAAACAGUCUUAAUACUUCCUGACUGCCCUGGAUGUGGCUCUCAGCCCAAAGCCCAAUUAUUUGUACUGAACAUAUAUAUAAAUGUUUUACAACAGCUCACAAAUAUGUAGUUUCACUUUUUAAAGGCUCAGUAAUUUCCUAGAACAGCUGGGUACUAUAGUUUUGAACAAAUGUUACUCUAACAAGAAAUAGUGCAUUUGAUAGGGACUAUUUUCAGGGGCGGAUGAAUCCACAUUUUGUGCUCUAGUGAAUAUUUCUGGCAGCAGGACGGUGUGUGUGGGAUUGAGUCUAAAUAAGGAAGGAACAGGUCACCCAGUGCAACAGCGUGGCUCACUGAUGUGUUUCUAAUAGUUUUUGAACAACAAUGGAGCUCAAUGGCACAGAGGGAUACAACAUAUCAUCAUGUACAUCAAUUAAUUGUUGGUUUUGGUCUGCAUAUGGGAUUUGUUGGCAAUGUGAGAAACAUGGAAUAUUACCAGACUUUUCCUUCAGGUUGUAGUGUGUUGCAUUAUCUUAGCCACUGAGGUAUAGUAAAUAAAUGUAUACUACAAUAAGAUAACAUGGUUAUCAAGCACAACUCAGCCAUCAGUCAGUACUCAUACUGGCAUAACUGUAUUGCUUUAUUACAUAUAAACAUUAACCUUGUUCUGAUGAGCACCUGAUAGUAAAAGAAAUCCUUUGCAUUAAAUCUACAUUAGACAAUAUGUUGUCCAAAUGUACAAGAAGAUAGUAGCAGCGCAGCUUUUGUUGUUUAAGCAGAGAUUGAUUGCUAAGCAGUUUUCAUUUUCUCACUGACAAACACACAUCUUGUUGCAGCUCUGCUAGUCAACAUGUCUCCUCUUCACCCUCUAAGCUUCACAUGCAUCAACGUGCCUCGGAGCCACUUAUAAAUGAGAGCUGCUAAAUCCACAGCCUCCAGUCCACACAGUAAAUAACACUGGAUAGAAACGAUAAACAGUCAUCAAAAAUAUUCCCAUGCAAAGAAGCAGUCAGAGAUCAGUACUGUAUCAUAUCAUCCACUGAAUAAAAUCAUUUUCACAGCACUUUGUUGUUUAUUUUUCAUAUUUUGAUUUGAAAGAAAAAAAAAAAUCUCCUCUCUGUACACUCUUCUGAGUUGUCUUUUGAGGGAAGCCUGCUCUGUGCAGAGUUGAUGUAACUGAGAAGCAUCAUUGGCUGGCCUUUUGUUGACUUUGCAACUUUCAUCAGCUCCUAACUCAGGAGUCGUACACUAGUAAGUGGGUGAAAUGAAACGAAUAUCCUUCCAUUCCUCUCCUCACAAAAAUGCUGUGGGUUGUUUUGUUAUGAUUGAGCAGAUGAUCACUUCCAGAUGUGCUCCAUAUGGCUUCCCUUAUAUAAAACAUGACCUUUGUUGCCUGGCCUGCACUAAACGCUUGAUAACUGCUUCAUUUACUUUGUCUUUGUACGCAAAUUAAACCUCAAUGUGACAAAAAGGCUUUGUUUGUAUUUGAAACCAGCACUGAUAAAAACUGAACCUCAGAAAGAGACCAAACACUUUUUUACGUCGAGGCCUCUUCGAGGGUUUUAGGAUAAGAAAUGCUGCCAUCUGCUGGCAGUAAACUUCUCAUCUUGUUUUGAAUUUUUCUAGAUACUGUGCAUGCUCCACUUGGAGAAAUCUCUUUUAUUAUGAAGUCACUAUCCAAAUAUAUUUUUUCAAUGAUCACCUCUGAAGCAAAUAAAUAAGAUUUAAAUAUUCAGAUUAAAUGGUAUCCCUGUAUCAAUAUUUAUUAACACUGUUUAACACAGUGAAGCUAAUUUAAAGAUAUUUUGUGACCUUGUUAAGUUU